CAUGUCCAAGAGCUUGAAGAAGAAAAGCCACUGGACCAGUAAAGUCCAUGAGAGUGUCAUUGGCAGGAACCCGGAGGGCCAGCUGGGCUUCGAGCUGAAGGGAGGCGCCGAGAACGGCCAGUUCCCCUACCUGGGCGAGGUGAAGCCCGACAAGGUGGCCUACGAGAGCGGCAGCAAGCUGGUGUCGGAGGAGCUGCUCCUGGAGGUGAACGAGACCCCCGUGGCGGGGCUCACCAUCAGGGACGUGCUGGCUGUCAUCAAGCACUGCAAGGACCCCCUCCGGCUCAAGUGUGUCAAGCAAGGAGGAAUCGUGGAUAAGGACCUUCGUCACUACCUCAACUUACGAUUCCAGAAGGGCUCUGUGGACCACGAACUUCAGCAAAUCAUCAGAGACAACCUCUACCUCCGCACAGUGCCCUGCACCACAAGGCCACAUAAGGAGGGCGAGGUCCCGGGAGUGGACUACAUUUUCAUCACUGUGGAAGAUUUUAUGGAAUUGGAGAAAAGCGGGGCUCUCCUGGAAAGUGGGACUUAUGAAGAUAAUUACUACGGUACCCCAAAGCCUCCAGCUGAACCGGCACCCUUAUUAUUAAAUGUAACAGACCACAUCCUUCCGGGAGCCACUCCAAGCGCCGAAGGGAAACGGAAGAGGAACAAAUCAGUGAGCAACAUGGAGAAGGCCAGCGUAGAGCCUCCGGAGGAGGACGAGGAGGAGAGGCCCGUGGUCAACGGGAACGGAGUGGUGGUGACGCCAGAAUCCAGUGAACAUGAAGACAGGAGUGUAGGAGCCUCCGGCGAGACACCCUCCCAGCCUUACCCUGCCCCGGGGUACAGCCAGCCCGAGGAGCUCAAGGACACCAUGGAGGACACCAAGUCCAGCAAGCCCGAGGACAGCGAGGACGUGGACCCUUUGCCCGACAACUGGGAAAUGGCCUACACGGAGAAGGGCGAAGUCUACUUCAUCGACCAUAACACAAAGACAACAUCAUGGCUGGAUCCACGACUUGCGAAAAAGGCUAAACCUCCAGAAGAGUGCAAAGAAAAUGAGCUUCCAUAUGGCUGGGAAAAAAUCGAUGAUCCCAUAUAUGGCACUUACUAUGUCGACCACAUAAAUAGAAGAACACAGUUUGAAAACCCUGUCCUGGAAGCAAAAAGGAAGCUACAGCAGCAUAACAUGCCCCACACGGAACUUGGAACCAAGCCCCUGCAGGCCCCAGGUUUCCGAGAAAAACCACUCUUCACGCGGGAUGCAUCCCAGUUGAAGGGAACAUUCCUCAGCACCACCCUAAAAAAGAGCAACAUGGGCUUUGGAUUUACCAUCAUCGGUGGAGACGAGCCUGAUGAGUUCCUGCAGGUGAAAAGCGUGAUUCCGGACGGGCCCGCCGCCCAGGACGGAAAGAUGGAGACAGGUGAUGUCAUUGUCUAUAUUAAUGAAGUUUGUGUCCUUGGACAUACUCAUGCAGAUGUUGUCAAACUUUUCCAGUCUGUUCCCAUUGGUCAGAGUGUCAACCUGGUGUUGUGUCGUGGCUACCCUUUGCCCUUUGAUCCGGAAGAUCCUGCCAACAGCAUGGUGCCACCCCUUGCAAUAAUGGAGAGGCCCCCUCCAGUAAUGGUCAAUGGAAGACAUAACUAUGAAACGUAUUUGGAAUACAUUUCUCGGACCUCACAGUCGGUUCCAGAUAUUACAGAUCGGCCACCCCACCCUUUGCAUUCCAUACCAACUGACAGUCAGCUAGAUGGCACGUAUCCACCACCCGUCCAUGACGACAAUGUGUCUAUGGCUUCCUCUGGGGCCACCCAAGCUGAACUUAUGACCUUAACCAUUGUGAAAGGUGCCCAGGGCUUUGGCUUCACCAUUGCCGAUAGUCCCACAGGACAGCGGGUGAAACAAAUACUUGACAUUCAGGGAUGCCCUGGCCUGUGUGAAGGCGACCUCAUUGUUGAGAUCAACCAGCAGAAUGUACAGAACCUGAGCCAUACAGAAGUCGUGGACAUACUUAAGGACUGCCCCGUUGGGAGCGAGACUUCUUUGAUUAUCCAUCGAGGAGGUUUCUUUUCUCCAUGGAAAACUCCAAAGCCUAUGAUGGACCGAUGGGAGAGUCAAGGCAGUCCUCAAACCAGCCUAUCUGCUCCGGCCGUACCACAGAACCUACCCUUCCCCCCCGCCCUCCACAGGAGCUCCUUUCCGGACUCAACAGAGGCCUUUGACCCACGGAAGCCUGACCCAUACGAGCUCUACGAGAAGUCGAGAGCCAUUUAUGAAAGUAGGCAACAAGUGCCACCCAGGACCAGUUUUCGAAUGGAUUCCUCUGGUCCAGACUACAAGGAGCUGGAUGUUCACCUUCGGAGGAUGGAGUCUGGGUUUGGCUUCAGAAUCCUCGGAGGAGAUGAGCCUGGACAGCCAAUUUUGAUUGGAGCCGUCAUCGCCAUGGGCUCAGCCGACAGAGAUGGUCGCCUCCACCCAGGGGAUGAGCUGGUCUACGUGGACGGCAUCCCAGUGGCCGGCAAGACCCACCGUUAUGUCAUCGACCUUAUGCACCACGCGGCCCGCAACGGGCAGGUGAACCUCACUGUGAGAAGAAAGGUGCUAUGCGGAGGGGAGCCCUGCCCAGAGAAUGGGAGGAGCCCGGGCUCCAUAUCCACCCACCACAGCUCUCCACGCAGUGACUACGCCACCUACAGCAACAGCAACCACGCUGCCCCCAGCAGCAACGCCUCUCCCCCCGAAGGCUUCACCUCCCACAGCCUGCAGACCAGCGACGUGGUCAUUCACCGCAAGGAGAACGAAGGUUUCGGCUUCGUCAUCAUCAGCUCCCUGAACAGGCCUGAGUCCGGAUCCACUAUAACUGUGCCCCAUAAAAUCGGACGCAUCAUUGAUGGGAGUCCUGCAGAUCGCUGUGCCAAACUAAAAGUGGGAGACCGGAUCUUAGCGGUGAACGGCCAGCCUAUCAUCAGCAUGCCUCACGCUGACAUCGUGAAGCUCAUCAAGGAUGCAGGUCUUAGUGUCACCCUUCGCAUCAUUCCUCAGGAGGAGCUCAGCAGCCCCGCUUCGGCCCCCAGCUCGGAGAAGCAGAGCCCCAUGGCCCAGCAGCACAGCCCGGUGGCCCAGCACAGCCCUCUGGCCCAGCCGAGCCUGGCCGCCCCCAACAGCCCUGUCGCCCAGCCACCUCCACCUCAGCCACUGCAACUGCAAGGACAUGAAAACAGUUACAGGUCAGAAGUAAAAGCAAGACAAGAUGUGAAGCCAGACAUCCGACAGCCUCCAUUCACAGACUACCGGCAGCCCCCGCUGGACUACAGGCAGCCCCCAGGAGGGGACUACCAGCAGCCCCCGCCCCUGGACCACAGGCAGCCCCCCCUGCUGGACUACCGACAGCACUCCCCCGACACCAGGCAGUACCCGCUGCCGGACUACAGGCAGCCCCAGGAUUUUGAUUAUUUCACGGUGGACAUGGAGAAAGGUGCCAAAGGAUUCGGAUUCAGCAUCCGUGGAGGAAGGGAAUAUAAGAUGGAUCUGUACGUGUUGAGACUGGCGGAGGAUGGGCCAGCAAUCAGGAACGGGAGGAUGAGGGUAGGAGAUCAGAUCAUUGAAAUCAAUGGGGAAAGCACAAGAGACAUGACCCACGCCAGAGCAAUAGAGCUCAUCAAAUCCGGAGGAAGGAGAGUGCGGCUGCUGCUCAAGAGAGGCACCGGACAGGUCCCCGAGUAUGACGAACCCGGCGCCCGGAGCGCUCCUGCCGCCGCCGGCCCAGGCCUGCCGGAAGUAGGCGUCUCGCUCGAGGACCUCCUCUCUCCAUCCUCGCCACCGCACCUCGCCCCGCCCUCCGACUCUGCCCACUCCAAGAGCCCGGACCCGGCUUGGGACUUCAAAAGGGAACACGACGUUAGGAAACCAAAGGAGCUCCCGGCCGGCGGCCAGAAGAAGCAGCGCCUCGGGGAGCAGAGCGAGCGCUCGAGGAGGCCGAGGCAGGAGGAGGCGCCCGGCGGCGGGAAGGAGGGGCCCCGCCCGGCACCUGGCCCACGGCCCCAGGGGGGCGCGCCGGGGUCGGGACCCGGGGCGCGCAGGGCGGCCCUGGCACCGGGGCCCUGGAAGGUGCCGGGCUCCGACCGCCUGCAGGGCGUGCUCCAGCCGGGCGCCUCGGCCGCCAGCCGGUGAGGGUCCCCGGCCCUCCCCAGGCUCUGCUCUGGCGUUUUAAUUUAUUGUCACUGUCACACGCACGCACGGGUCCACGAGGUCCGAGGCCUGAGGCCCGGCUGCCGGGGACCUGGACAGCUGUGGAAAAACCAAAAGAUCUCACAGAACAUCACAGAGACAGUGCAGUGCAGCUUUAGCGAGCAAGAAAGAAUGGAUUCCCCGCAGCACGAAGGCUUCGGUGGCCCUCGGACGCUGCACCGAGAAAGCAGCCGAGAGAAAGCAAUCACAAACUGGAAUAUCGCCUUAAAAAAUUCACACUGCACGGAGCAAGCAGACCCUGAGACAAGAAUCUAUCUUUUAAUCGAUCUGAAGCGUUGUAUAUAAAUUGUCCUUGACGUAUCUAGACAGGGGUGAAAGGGUUUCUCCGAAACACUGGAAACUGUUCACCCACGACCUCUCCACGCGCACCCGCCUCCCCAGGACGAGGUAGCACUAGUGAGUCCUUCGGUAUGAUGCCAUUUCUACUGCCGUUCCUGUGAUCCAAUCAUACUCUGUGCAUUUUCAGUGGUAGGAAAAAAAAGGUUUUAAAAAUUGUAUCCUAGGAAACAGUUUGCCAUGAGUCUGAAUUUUGCAGUUUAGCCCAUAGCUCGUAUUGAUUUUCCUCUGAAAUGCCCGUUUUGUAAUUGAAAGACCACAAUCGGUGGCAUCGUUUGCCACGCUGCGGCCCCUGUGUGCACAGGCUUUGCCCCGCGAGUUCUCAUGGUCUUCCCGGCUCCCCCACGCCCACUCCCCUGCCCCCUUUGCACUUUGACAAGAAGAGAGGCGAGGACACUCUGUCCCACAUCGCAGCUUAGGAUGAACCUCUAAUAGUAAAAGGUCACUAAUUUAUUUUCAUUAAAGGACAGGAGUCCUGUUGGCCUUCCUCUCUGCUCCUCUUUCUUCCUGAACCCUCCACCUUUGUUUUCCAUUUGCUUUGGGGUCCUGAACUCUGCUAAGUUCUUUACCUCAUGAGCAACCCCCAGAUGUCUGCGUCUGUCUCUGCCUGAUCCCCUGGGGAUCUCCGGGGCUGCUUCCUCCCCGCUGCCUUAGGGUGUCUCUGUGAACGUUAGCAUCGUUGAUUCUCUCUCGGUCCUUGUCGGUACUUGUCAAAGCUACACAUACUAGAAGGUGAAAUGUUUCUUCAGGCAGCGUCUUUAUGAUGCUCUGAACACACAAGGCUUCCUCCUUCCCGUGGCCUGCUGCUAGCCAGAGCCAGGGCGCAGACAGGAGGCCCCUCCUGGUCUCCUGGUCAGGCAGGUUCCCCGGGGAGGUCACACACAGCGGCCACUCUCACCGACUUUUCCCCUCUCUUCCCAAGUGCAGGAACCUGAGCUGAGUGAUUUCCAUCCGGCCAAGGAGUAGCUGUCUGACGAGAGAGUGUGGUUGGAAGCCUCGUGUAGAGGUUUUGCAGCUCAUAAAAGCAGUUUCCCAAAAUGAAAUCCAUCCAUCAUAAACAAAAGCACAAACACAUGUAGCAGUCUGUAAUCCUCUUGGUUCAUCUCAGUCUUUCUCCCCCGGGCUAGAAAUCCAGUCUAGUUUGCCAUUAAGUUAUUGACGCUGGUUCUGGACAAUGCUUCUGUAGUGUAGCUGCACGUCCUGGUACUGUAUCCUCCGACCUUUAUUUCUCAUGUGUUACAAAAGGAAAAACAAAAAAAAAUUGAGAUUACGCUUGCAUAAACUCUAAUUUCCACAGUUCACAGCUACCCUCAUGCAGCAAUUGCUUCAUGCGGCUGUAAUCCAUAACCUGUGAAAACGGCACACAUGUCAGCCCACCCCAAAUAAUAUUUCUGUGUAGUGGUAGCUGAGAAUUUACCCUGUACAGCUGUAUCUCUAUAAAUAUAAUUCCAUGUAUUAAUAGUCACAGAAAGACUGUAAGUGAGCAACUAUUUUUAUGAAACGCACCACUAUGGAUAAAUUAACUUUUACAGAAAUCUUGUUUACUGUAUGAUAUUCUAAAACACUGUCAAAUAAAAUAUAUAUCCAAAAA